CUCUGCCGACCCGGGUCUCGCUCUCCCAGCAGCAGAGCUUCGAGGGGUAGGGCCAGAGGGCAGUGUGGGAGCUCAUUCACAUACAACCCGCAGAUGUUCUUCAAAGCUGCCUGGAGCUCGGCACUGAGGAAACGAGGGCUUGGAAUGCGACGGAUACACAGCCCAGGAGACACCGCUCACAGCAAGGGGAAGAUGCCUCCCUACACCAAUUACCACGCCCAGCGCUCCUACCCCAUGCCAGAUGAGCCCUUCUGCACCGAGCUCAAUGCCGAGCAGCGGGCCCUGAAGGAAAAGGAGAAGGGCAGCUGGACCCAGCUGAGCCAUGCCGAGAAAGUGGCCUUGUACCGGCUCCAGUUCCACGAGACCUUCGCGGAGAUGAACCAUCGCUCCAACGAGUGGAAGACCGUGAUAGGCUGUGUGUUCUUCUUCUGUGGCUUCACAGCUCUGCUGAUUUGGUGGCAGCGGGUCUAUGUGUUUCCUGAGAAGCCUAUCACCCUGACGGAUGAGUGGAAGGCCCAGCAGCUCCAGCGCAUCCUGGACAUGAAGGGCAACCCUGUGCAAGGCCUGGCCUCCCGGUGGGACUAUGAGAAGAAGGAGUGGAAGAAGUGACACCCCAUGCUGCGCCCCUGGCAGCUCCACGCUGGCCCAGAGCCUAUGGCACACCCUGACCCUCUCCUUCACUCCAAUAAAGCUGGCC